UAUUUUAUUUGACAUGUCAUUGAAAAACACUUCAAUCAAAAAUUAUUUUAAAAUAAAAAUCAUAGAAUUUUAAUAGAAAAAAAAACACUUUUUCUGAUUAAUUUUAAUUGCACCUACCAUUUGAUUUUCGGUGGUGACUCUAAACGGACUAAUUUAACGUUAACAAAAUAAAAUGGCCGAUCAAGCACCACCACCAGCUGAAGGCGCAGCACCACCAGCCGAAGGCGAAGCAGCACCACCAGCUGAAGGUGAAGCUGGCGCUGAAGGAGCUGAAGCCCCACCACCAGUACCAUGGGACCAAUUACCACAUACAUACACAUUAUUCUAUUUUAAUGUUAAAGCUUUAGCUGAACCUUUACGUUAUUUAUUUGCUUUUGGUGGAAUAGAAUAUGAAGAUGUUAGGGUAACACGUGAUGAAUGGCCAGCAUUAAAACCAACAAUGCCUAUGGGUCAAAUGCCAGUAUUAGAAGUUGAUGGUAAACGUGUUCACCAAAGUAUUUCAAUGGCAAGAUUUUUAGCUAAAACUGUUGGUUUGGGUGGAUCAAAUCAUUGGGAGGAUUUACAAAUUGAUAUUGUUGUUGACACAAUCAAUGAUUUCCGCUUAAGUACCGAAAACUUCGUUUCAUAUGAACCAGAGGAUGAAAUCAAAGAAAAAAAAUUGGUUACAUUGAACAAUGAAGUCAUUCCCUUUUACUUGGAAAAAUUGGAACAAACUGUUAAAGACAAUAAUGGUCAUCUAGCAUUAAAUAAGUUGACUUGGGCAGACAUCUACUUUGCUGGCAUUUUGGAAUACAUGAAUUAUAUGGUAAAACGUGAUCUACUUGAAAAUUAUCCAUCAUUGAAAGCACUUGUAGAAUCCAUUAAUGCUAUUGAAUCCAUCAAAGCUUGGAUUGAAAAGAGACCACAAACUGAAGUUUAAAAUGAAUAACAAAAAAAAAAUAAUAAAAUUAAUUUUAAAUUUUUUUUAUAUUAAAUACAAUAUUCAAAAUUGUUACAUACAUAUAGAUGAUAAUUUUAAUCUUUUUAUCUAAAUGCGAACUGAGCUAAAUUUUUAUAUUUUUUCAAUGUUUUUUUUUUUUUUUUAAUUUAAAUUCAUAUAUUAAUAUUUAAUAGUUGGAUCAUUAAGCUGGAUGUUUCGAAAAAUAUGUUAAUAAAAUUUAAACACAAUUAAAAUAUAAAAUUAUUCUUCGCAAAACUGAAUUGUAAAUACUUAAAAUGUAAAUUAAAAAAUUAAAAUGGGUCAAAAUUUGAUAAACGAAGGUGAGAAUAAAACGUAAUUAAUAUAUAAUAUAUAAUGUUGUAAUGUACUAAAGUGUAUAUAAUUUUUGAAAAUGUAUAUUUAAUAAAACUAUUGAUGCUUUAUAUGUA